UUAAUGCUCUGUACAAUGUUCGACGCCUCGACUUAACCAGAUCUAACUCUACUGAACGGCGAACAAAGCUCAGCGAUCUGAAAAAUAAAAAUGGAGUCGGAAGUUGCCUCUGACGAAACAUCCACCGUCGCCGGCCUUAUCCCCCUUGCAUCUGCCUCUCAGCAGCCUUACGUCUCCGAACUUCUCUCCUUCACUCUUGAUCGCCUGCACAAGGAGCCGGAGCUGCUACGAGUUGAUGCCGAACGAAUUCGGAGGCAGAUGCAGGAGGUGGCGGUGGGAAACUACCGCGCUUUCAUCUCCUCGGCCGAUGCGCUGCUUGCUAUUCGAGAGGAAGUUUCUUCUAUUGAUAAACACCUUGAAUCCAUGAUAGAUGAAAUUCCUAAGCUAACUUCUGGUUGCACUGAGUUCAUUGACUCUGCAGAAGAAAUUUUGGAGAAGAGAAAAAUGAACCAAACACUGCUUGCAAAUCACAGUACUUUGCUUGACUUGCUUGAAAUUCCCCAGCUUAUGGAUACAUGUGUUAGGAAUGGAAAUUAUGAUGAAGCUCUUGAUUUAGAAGCAUUUGUUGCCAAGCUUUCAACAAUGCACCUGAAAUUGCCUGUCAUCCAAGCUCUUGCAGCAGAAGUACGGCAGACCACCCAAUCUCUUCUUUCUCAGCUUCUCCAAAAACUUAGAUCAAACAUUCAGUUGCCAGAAUGCCUCCGUAUCAUUGGAUACUUGCGUCGAAUAGGAGUGUUCAGUGAGUAUGAAAUGCGCCUACAGUUUCUAAGAUGCCGUGAGGCAUGGCUUACUGGGAUUCUUGAUGACUUGGAACAACGGAACGCUUAUGAAUAUCUCAAAGGGAUGAUCAAUUGUCAUAGAAUGCAUCUUUUUGAUGUUGUUAACCAAUACCGUGCAAUAUUUUCUGAUGAUACAUCAGGAAGGGAAGAGAACUAUGAUGGUGGGCUUUUAUUCAAUUGGGCCAUGCAUCAAAUCUCUUCCCACCUCAGAACUCUUAAGGUCAUGCUUCCCAAGAUCAAUGAAGGAGGAUCCUUGUCAAAUAUUCUGGACCAGUGCAUGUACUGUGCUAUGGGACUUGGUUGGGUUGGAUUGGACUUUCGAGGCUUGCUUCCCCCUCUUUUUGAAGAGGCAGUCCUGAAUUUAUUUACCAAGAACAUGAAUACAGCAGUUGAGAAUUUUCAGUUGGUACUGGAUUCUCAUCGCUGGGUCCCAUUGCCAGCAGUUGGCUUUCCUGCCAGCAGUUUGGGUGAUGAAAGCCAGGAGGAUGUUACUCCUCCUUCAAGUCUGAUGGAGCAUCCGCCUCUUGCUGUUUUUGUUAAUGGUGUAUCUGCCGCAAUGAAUGAAUUGCGCCCAUGUGCCCCUUUAAGUUUGAAGCAUGUACUUGCUCAAGAACUAGUCAAGGGAUUGCAGGCUGUCUCUGAUUCUUUGCAGAGAUAUAAUACAACUCGCAUGCUUCGAGAGAACGAGUCUGUGCUUUUCAUCUCACUUUGUCGAGCAUUCAUUGAGGUUGCUUUUCCACAUUGUGUUACAUGCUUUGGUCGUUGUUACCCUGGUGGGGCUACUCUAAUAGCCGAUGCCAAGAAUUUAUUUGAAGGAAUUAGCAAGCUAUUGACAACCUCUCCCUCUCGAGAACUUCCAAAACCAAUUCACACUGUAGAGAACAAGACUAUAUCUGAAAAUGGGAACUUGCCUUCGGUGGAGAAUGACGGGACACCUAAUGGCGAUCAAAGUGGGGAUACCAACUCAGAAGAAAAAGAAGAGGACAAAAUUCCUCCAGUCAGCGAGGAAAAACCUGUUGAUGAAUGAGUUGCAUCAUGGAAUGCCAGAUCAAUACAGAAUUCAAGUUUUUAGUACACGAACAGUGCGCUAAGGUUUAAAAAGAGGCUGUACAUUUUCUGCCAUUAUUCUGUCAGGUUUCUUGAGGAUGAAAGUCUUGCCAUGGAGUUUGUAAUUGAAGCCACAGUGGAUGAGUUCUUGUGUCUGGUGACUCUGCUCUUCCUCCUCAUCUUGCUCAUGGUGGCUGACGAUUAAUUCUUUGUAAGAAAAAAAGAUUCCUCUUUUUUGCUAUAAGAUGAGUUGUAUAACUUGUAUUAGGUGAGUCUACUUGAUAUAUAAGGAAACUAAAAUAUGAUACAUGAAACAGACAUCUUUUCCCUUAUGAUUUAUGAAACUGUCAAAUAAUUUGGAUUGAAAA